CAAAAAGUCAAAACACUUCUUCGAUCUGCUGUUACCAAUGAUGGAGGAAUCCCUGCAAGGAAAUCUGUCGUGAACGUCGCGGGCUCUGUUCUUGCAGGGUCCCGCAAUCUGAACUUAUUGUAGGUGUUUUAUCGAAGUGAAAGAAUGAUCCCUCCACCACCUCCAGGUCCCCCGCCUGAUUUGUCGAGUGGUGGACCUCCACCACCUCCGCCACUUCCCGCAGAUGCAGGAACGAGUUCUGGACCUCCAGCACCCCCACCAGCAGCUGCUCUUGAGGCUCCCAGUGCUCCUACAGCUUCUGAACCAGACGUGCUGGCUCCAGCCUCUGAUGUGCGAUCGUGGGAAAGGCCAUGGAAGCCGGAGGAGAUGAGAGGCAAUGUUGGAAAUUGGACGCUGGCAGCAGAUUCUGGUCUACUGCUGUAUUUAAAAGAUUUCUCCAAACGUAUGACCGAGCGUAUUGCAGACAUGACGACGCAAGUGGAUGGCCUGGUGACGGAAUCGAAACGUACAGAGACUAGGCUACAUAACUGUUUCAACGAUUUCCUCAUGUUAUCCAGUGUUCAGUUUGUGGAGAAUCGUGUGUACGACUUCGAGGAAACCAAGGAGGGUGAUACAGUUUCUGGUACGGCUGAGGAGAAGCCAGAAGAGGCUCCUGCUGACAAAAGUGGCGAGAGUCAACCCGAGGAGGAGAAGACCAGAGAGCAGAGAGAGGCUGAACUGAUACCUCGCAUCACAGCCGCACUGAAGCUCGGUAUCGAUGUCAUGCAGAAUUCUUUUGACAAGAUCGAGCCAGCGCAGGAGAGUAGCAAGCAGAAAGAUACUAGCGGUAACGGUGGUGAGGGGGAUGAUGACGAUGAUGACGACGAUGAAGAGGAGGAGAAAGCCGAGAUGGAGAACAUGGAGGCAAUCUUCGAGCCAAAAGAUCCGUAUGCUUUGCGCCCUCUGCCGUACGUAAUUGGUUCAGUCCAGUUCUUGCAGAGUGACGACGUUGGAUUGUUACUCGCUGAGUCGGAUGAAUCCGAAGACGAAGAUGAGGAGGAGGAGGAAGAUGAUAGUGAGGCAGAGAAGGAGAAGCCAACGGCGAUUGUGUCGGACGACGGGUUUUCGGACGAUCUGGACAAAGACUCGGACGACGAUGAUUCGGAGAGUGACGAGGAUGGGGAGUCGAAACCUCGUCGAAGCCGUGCCGCAAAGCCAUUCGCUAGUGAUGACUCAGACGACGAUGAAGAUAGUGAUGAUUGGAGUGAUGAGGGCAGUAGUAAGAAAGCGCCUGCCGCUCGCGGUGGAGGAGAUGACGACGAUGAAGACGUCCAAGAGCCAAAGAGUGACUUCCAAUCAGAGCUGGCAAGCAAGCUAGGCCUGGCCGCAGCAGCAGCACCGCGGAAAGCCAGCGGCGUCAAAGGGUCAGAGGACGAUGAAGAGGAUGAUGACGACGACGUGAGCCAAGCUAAGCCGAUGCGGAAAGCCUCCGUAAGGAAGUCUGGUGGUGGCCUUUUCGACGAUGAUGAUGAUGACGACGACGAAGGAGACUUGUACUCUGCCCCUGUUGAAAAGAAGAAAAAUAAGAAAAAGAAGGACGAACUGAUCCCAGCUGCGGCAGCGGAUACGGCGACCAAGAAGAAAAAGAAGAAGCAGGGCGGUGGACUAUUCGACGAUGACGACGACAACGAAGAAGAUGCUGGUGACAUCUUCUCAGCGCCGACAGCCAAGCCCACAGCUGAAGCUGCCACGAAAGCCGCUGCUCCCAAAGCGAAGAAGGCAGGUCUAUUCGGCGAUGACAAUGAUGACGAAGACGACGACAGCAAUGAUGAUCUCGCUAGCCAACUGGGCAAGGGAGGCAGUGAGCCAGCAGCUGCGCCAGCACCCGUAGCCACAGCUGCACCAGCGAAGAAAAAGCCAGCCGGUGCCGUCUCUAUGUUUGGCGGUGCUGAUUUGUUUGGCACUCAAAAGAGCACAUCAUCAGCAGAAGGCGCAGCUGAAGCAUCGCCAGUCAGCACAGGUGGCAAGAAGGCAGGCGGCGGAGGCCUUUUCGACGACGACGAUGACGACAUGUUUGCAGCACCUGCCCCGAAAGAUCCUGCCGUUACCGACAAGCCAGCUGCUUCUGCCCCGACGGCAGCCAAGCCCGCCAAGAAAGCUGGUCUCUUUGAUGAUGGUGGUGACGACGAUGAUGACUUCUUUGCGACUCCUGCGCCGAAAGCGAAAGCGGCUGCCCCUGCAUCCAGUGAUUUUGCAGACGCUGCACCUAAGGUGUUGGCAGCUACUAAAGCAGCAGAUCCAGCAACGACAGCCGUUACAGGCAAGCAGAAGCCAGCUGGAGGCGUACUGAGCAAACAAUCUGCCGGACCACUCGACGGCGGUGAUGACGACGAUGAUGAUAUGUUUGCCGCGGCCAAGCCAAAGAAGGCUGCUCCGGUCAGCAAAGCGGAACCAGCCAAGCCCGCCAAGAAAGCUGGGCUUUUCAGUGACGGUGGAGAUGAUGAGGACGACGACGAUUUCUUCGGAACACCUGCGCCAAAGUCUAAACCAGCCGCUACUCCAGCCGCCGCUCCUGCAGCAGGUGAUUCCGCAGGUGCUGCCCCCACGGCAGUUGAAGCCAGCCGAGCAGAACCAGCAGCGGCGACAGGCAAGAAGAAACCUGCUGGUGCAGUGUCCAUGUUCGGAGGCGCAGAUCCGUUUGCAGCCAAGAAGAGCGCUCCAGCUCGGGAGCCAGCAGAUGCACCUCCGACUAACACAUCCAGCAAGAAACCUGCUGGAUUGUUCGACGACGAUGACGACGACGAUAUGUUUGCUGCACCGAAAGCGAAAAGCACAGCCGCACCGGGCAAAGCAGUGUCAGCUGCCGUUUCCAAUUCUGCACCCGCCAGCAAACCCACAAAGGCUGGCGGUCUGUUCGAUGUAGGAGGUGAUGACGACGAUGAUGACGAUUUCUUCGCUGCUCCGCCGCCCAAGUCGAAGCCUGUGCCUACAGCACAAGCCUCUCCAUCCAGCACUGCCUCGAAGUCGACUGAAGAUCCGGAUCCCGUUGUCACAGACGAGCCAGCUCCAGCGAAGAAGAAACCGGCUGGUGGCGUGUCAAUGUUUGGUGGUGUUGCUGCAGAGCUGUCUUCUGGGAAGAAGAGACCGCCUGGUGCCGUGUCAAUGUUCGGUGGUGCCGAUCCUUUCGGUGCCAACAAGAGCUCUGCGUCGUCAGAAGACACAUUUGAUAAGCCGUCUCCCAGCCUGCCAAGCGAGAAAACUGGCAGUGGAGGUGGGUUGUUUGGUGGAGAUGACGACGACGACGACGACAACGACGAUAUGUUUGCUGCGCCGAAAGCAAAGUCGAAAGCGGCUACGCCUGAAGAUGAUCUUUUCUCGGCCCCAGUUUCAAAAUCGAGACUGAGUCAAAAGCAAAAGGACGCCAUCGCCAUUACAUUCAAAGAACCGGGCAAACCUUUGCCGCGGAAGCAAGAAGUGCCCACCGCUGCUUCAUUCGAUGAACCGGCCCUGGUCAAGACGCUAUCUUCGGCAACAAAGAGCCGUGCCCGUGGACCAAGUCGACGUCCACCACGUCGCCAGGCUUCUCGUCCAUCUCCGUCGGGUGAAGAGGACGAUUUGGAGAAGUCACUGGGUGUCGGCAUAGUGACCGGCUCUCCGAUCUCAACCAUAGCCAAACCCACCGCCAGUGUUGAUGAAGAUGAGGACUUGUUUGCUGCAGCCAGUACAAGCAACCCAUCCAGAGCACCGGCUGCCGCUGCACCAAAGAAGAAAGCUGCCGCUUCUGCUGCCGUUCCCGCCACUGCCGCCGCCAUUGAUGACGAUGACGACUUGUUUGCUGCAGUCGGCACGAGCAAGCCGUCCAAGACACCAGCUGCUGACGCAUCGGUAAAGAAGUCUGCCGCUAGUCCUGCUGCUGCGCCUGCUGCUGCUGCUGCUGCUGCUGCUGCUGCUGCUGCCGGCGUUGAUGAUGGUGACGAUGACGACCUGUUUGCCGCACCUAGCAAAAGCAAAGCACCCAAGAAAACGGCUGUGGUAUCAAAGAAGAAGGCUGCUGAAAGUCCUGUUGCGGCUGUCGCUGUUGCUGAUGACGACGACCUGUUUGCUGCGCCCAGUACCAGCAAGCCGUCCAAGAAACCAGCUGCGUCGUCUAAGAAGAAGGCUGCUGAAAGCCCCGUUGCCCCCGCCGCUGCCGAUAAUGAUGAUGACUUGUUCGCCGCGUCUACAAAGAGCAAGCCAUCCAAGACGCCGACAAGCUCAGGUCCGAAGGAUGCCGAGCUGUUCGGUGACAGUGGAGACAUAUUUGCUGACCUUCCUGCCAAGGAAGAGGCUGCCACCACCUCUGCUACGAAGAAGAAAAAGAAGAAGACGGGAGCUACGAAGAAGAAAAAGGCUGACACUGCUGCUGCUCCUGCUGCCACGGCAACGGAACCUGCUGCUGCCGCUGUUGCUCCCGUUGACGAUUUGUUCGGCUCACCACCUGCAUCUGCUGCUGCUGCCGCUACUGCAGCUCCUGUUGAUGAUCUGUUUGGUUCACCAUCCGCUACUGCUGCGCCGUCAGCGACUGAAGCAAGUGCUUCUGCUGCCGCUACAGCUGCUGAUGCUGGGGAUGAGACAGCAGCGACAAAGAAGAAAACCAAAAAGAAGACGGCUGGUAAGAAGAAGAAAUCUGCGGCCGCUGCUGCUGCAGACAUCUUCGAUACCGGUGCCAGUAUUUUUGACGAUCCGUUAGCUGGAGCUGCGAAUGAUGACAUCUUUGCUUGAUGUGUGUGUUUGGGUGCGUGUACGCGCACCUGUGUGCCUUUUUGUGUUUUCUCUUCCGCUUACGUUCUAUCUUGUCCUUUGCUCGUUGUCAUCCACUGUGUACAUGUCGGUACGUGUACUCGUUACAUGUACUUCAACUACAUGUACAUGUGUAUACACAAGAGUGUUGAUGGCUUUGCCGACUUUGUCAUUUCCUUGCAGUCCGUCCCCGUGCUAUUCGCUUUUACAUUGAUUUUCUGUUUUUUUUUCUUUCUGCUGUUGCUGCUGGUCAGCUCAGACUUAUCUUUCAUAGAAUUAUUGCUGUUUCAUAUAGAGCCGCCAAACACACACACACGCUCACACUCAUCAGUCUUUCAUAUCUCCUAGAGUUUAUGUUGUUGUUUUUUUAAUAAAUAUUUGAUGUGACCUGGUGCAAAACGUUUCCUCGGUGUUCGUUGUUAUUUUUUGUUCCUUUAGGUUAUUUUUUACCAGAGAUUUGCUGUGAACGUAUUUACGCACCUGAAAUGCUGUGUGCUGUAUAGCAUGGCCCCUGCCGUGCGUUAUGCUCCUUCCCCGUGUUGUUUGUGCAGCUCUGACUGAGUAUUUUCAGUGCCCGGAGUGUUCUGUCGCUGGCAGAUCUGACCAUGUACCACUAUAAAAUUAAUAAUGUUUUCGA